ACUCUUGUUCUUGUCUUUUGGGUACGGGACACAGUUUGUGGCUGUCAAGCAAUGAAGCUCGCGUGUUUGUUACUUUUUUGCAGCGUAUGGAGCGGGACUGUUCUUCCUCUGAGCAUUGCACAAAAGUUUGAUUCAAACUGGAUCAUCCAGAAAAGGCAUCGUAGCGCUUCUUCGGGAUACGAGGGUGACGAGACGUGGCACAAAGAUUCGGGCUCCUUCGAUCGAUCGAACGACGAAACGAAGGCAAAAAAACAGGUGGUGUUACCUGAAGUAGGCAUUCCUUUCUACGUUACCCCGUUCCCGCACAAAAUGCUUAGCCCCCGGGUAAACGAUGGAGACCAACACGCAACCCUGCCGCCCGAGAUAAAGCAAAUCAUAAAUCUGGUUAGCGAAGACAAGCCGGUUACACCCCCGACCGUCUCUGAUGUUGAGGUUCUGUGCGGCGAAAGUGACAUGGUGGUGAAAGUUAAGAAGAGGUUCUUUGGGUUUGGCUGCACGGCAUCGCAAUUGACCUUGGGGUACAGUUACGAAUGCCAAAGCAACGGAGUAGACCGAGAAACCGGGGAUCUUGUGUUCACCUACAGCUACUCUGAAUGUGGAAGCAAGCGUUCGAUGCCCGAUGGAUUGGUAGUCUACCAGAAUGUCCUUCGCUAUGUUCCCAAUAGAAAGAGAGGCUCAAUUCGAAGGGCCCAUCCGGUCAAUAUAGGAAUUGAGUGCCGUUAUCCAAGGUACCACCAUCUCUACAAGCUUGUGUUUCGCCCCACCUGGUAUCCUCCUGCUGGUAUCAGGACUCUGAAGCAGUUUGGCUUUGACCUGAUCCCAAUGAACAGUGCCUGGACUAAAGGUUCUUUGAGCAACGUGUACCAACUUGGCCAGGCCAUCCCCUUCCAGGUGAGGGGAUAUCUUCGUAAUCCGGGGCAGAAGCUUUUCAUCCACUCCUGUCAUGCAACUGCUUCUCCAGAUCCUAAGUCAACCCCCCAAUACAAUGUGAUUGACAACUAUGGGUGCAUGGUGGACAGCAAAACUGAAGCCUGCAACUCCUCGUUUGUCCCACCAAGAACUCGCGAUACAAUCAACUUUGUCAUUGAUGCUUUCCAGUUUAAUGUGAAGCCCUCUUCCAAGAUCUACCUUCACUGUGUCUUAUUUAUUGCAAACAGCCCGCUAGUGACACCAGGUGCCAAGUCCUGCACCUACAACAGAAUCAAAAAAAGGUGGGAGGAACUUGAAGGUUUCAACAGCGUCUGUACCUGCUGCAAUUCAAAGUGUACGGGUGGAGCACUUGAGUUGCUGUCUGAAGAUCUUAAAAGUAGCGGCCCAUUACUGUUCGUGGACAAUAAGGUUAAAGAGCAGUCCAGCGUCAGCCAAAGUUCUGAUCUACUGGAUGACAAUGAAGAGACAAGCUCAUCUUCAUCAGAUCGGGAUGAUCAGAUUGCCUGGCUUAAUGCAGUGGAGACUGCAGAAAACAUGACGGAGCAGGGCAAGUCUAGCCAUAUUGAUGCAGAGAAGCAAGAGGUUGAGAUGUAUAGCCAAGAUCAUUCUGUCCCAGCUAACAAACAUGGUGCACCUGAAGAGCCUUCAGAGGGUGCGGCUGACCCCUAUGAUGAGUGGGAUGAGUAUGAAGAGGUUCCACAGGAGGAGAAGUAUGAAGAUGUUCCACAGGAGGAGGAGCACAAUGGAACUGGCCAGUGGGAAAAUCUGAAGUGGCACUUUGACGAAGGGACACGAAGACCUGGAUGGGUGAAGGGUUCAGGUGCUGAUCAGAGUGAGGGAGCAGCCCAGUCUGAGGAAGCGGAACAACACAAAUGGCUUGAGGGUGAGGGAGCUGAUGAUCGGAGGUGGGACGAUGCGGAAGGAACCGACUCGGACUAUGUAGACUCUGAGGAUUACCAUGACGCAAUGGAUGAGGGUGAUCUCCAAUCGGACGGUAUGGACCCCAUUGAAUGGUCUGAACACACAGACCAACUUGAUUGGGAUGGAGAUGAAGGGUAUAGCCCCUCUGACUGGGAUGAGGAUGAAGGAAAAGUAGUGUCUGAAGGGGGUCUAGAAAAUGGAAAGGCUGACGAGAAUCAAAGUAACGAGACAAUCCUAUCUGAAGAGUUUCAAGGUAAUAGAACUUCACUGUCUGAGGCCCAUACCGAGGGAGCCAACUACUCUGAAUGGGGUGCGUCUGUGGGAACUGUCCAGGAUGCUGAGAGAGCUGGUGGGUUUGGGGUCCCCCCUGGCCACACUACGGAACGUCAGGAUACCCCUGACGAGCUGAAUGCCAGGAUGAGGAGGAACCCUGCCCAAAGCACCUGGGGGAAGAUGUUGACUGAUAACCAGGAGUAAAGACCCCUGGAAGAAUAACUUGGCACCUCAUUUGGAUAGCUGAAGGAACUAUUGGCUGCACAAGCUUGAAAUUUAUUGAACUGUGCGUAACCGGAGGAAUUUGUAAAUAAACGUGUUUUGAAAACAGAA